AUGCUGCCUGCAUCUCAGAACCUGUUGCUCCUCUGGCUGCUUGUUGCUGUAUCACCCCCUGCUAUAGGCAUGAAUGGGUUAGAUGCGAUCAUGAGGUCUCACUCUCUGCCACUGAUCCGCACAUUACUGGACCAUGGGCCUUUAAAGACUCACAUGGCAGCAAAACAUGAUCUGAGUAUACAGCACCUACGCUUUAUGCUGGAACUGUACAAGAAGUCAGCGGAUGGAGAUGGAAGACCGAAAGCAAGCAGACCAGCUGUAGCUUCAGUGAGACUUGUAAGGUCUGUCAGUCAAGCACCUUUUACUGCGGAAAAGAAAUGGAGGAUACAAAAUCUUAAAUUUAUUUUACAGAGCAUGAAAACAGAGGAGCUGGUAAAGGUAACUGUGAUGUUUCCCCAGACAAUGUAUUUUGGAGAAACUUACUACACAUGUAAGGUGGAUCUUCUGCCAAGUGAUGGUCUAUUCUAUAAGACAAGAGUUCCACCUGGAAUUUUGGUGUGGGCUGAGACAGAUAUCACUUCCCAAAUCAAAUCUCUACUUGCGGAUGCAAACCGAAGUUUACAUGUCCAACUCGUAUGUCGGUUUAUUGGCAUGCGUAACACAAGAUCGCUGGCUGUUUCAGCCUCCCACAUUCCUUUCUUACUCAUCUACUUUAAUCCACAAUUCAAUAAUCAUUCCACAGAGAAGAUUUUAACUGCAUUUUCAGAAAAAGCUGUGCCACAUGUGUUGAGAAGGAAACCACGUCAAGUGGGGACUUUUGGCAUCAAGCUUCCAAAAAUUUCCAACCAAAGUGAACAGCUUAAGAGUCAUUGCUCCCUACAUCCAUUCUGGGUUAGUUUUCAUCAACUAGGAUGGGAUCACUGGAUUAUUGCACCACACAGGUACAAUCCUGGCUACUGCAAGGGUGAUUGCCCCAGACUCUUACAUUCAGGGUAUAAUUCACCAAACCAUGCCAUUAUUCAGAACUUUAUUAAUCAGGUGGUUGAUGCGAAUGUACCACGUCCUUCUUGUGUCCCUUACUCGUAUGGGCCAAUCAGUGUCCUUAUGAUUGAACCUGGAGGAAAUAUCCUUUAUAAAGAAUAUGAAAAUAUGAUUGCAGAAUCAUGCACCUGUCGGUAA